GCCUGUGUACGCGGCUUUGCGAGUUCAGUGCCGGAGUUUUCCCAGCCCCCUGCCUUCAGCGUUAGGUGCUGCUCUUGCCCGGGGGGUACCAUGGGGGAAGCGGAGAAGUUUCACUGCAUCUACAGUUGUGACCUGGACAUCAACGUGCAGCUUAAAAUAGGAAGUUUGGAAGGGAAGAGAGAACAAAAGAGUUAUAAAGCCGUGUUAGAAGACCCAAUGUUGAAGUUUUCAGGACUGUACCAAGACACAUGUUCUGACCUCUAUGUUACUUGCCAAGUUUUUGCAGAAGGGAAGCCUCUGGCCUUGCCAGUGAGAACCUCCUACAAAGCAUUUAGUACGAGAUGGAACUGGAAUGAAUGGCUAAAACUGCCUGUGAAGUACCCUGACCUGCCCAGGAAUGCCCAAGUGGCCCUGACUAUAUGGGAUGUGUAUGGACCAGGAAAGGCAGUGCCUGUGGGAGGAACAACAGUUUCGCUGUUUGGAAAAUAUGGCAUGUUUCGCCAAGGGAUGCAUGACUUGAAAGUCUGGCCUAAUGUGGAAGCAGACGGAUCAGAACCCACAAAAACUCCUGGCAGAACAAGCAGUACUCUCUCAGAAGAUCAGAUGAGCCGCCUUGCCAAGCUCACCAAAGCUCAUCGACAAGGUCACAUGGUGAAAGUAGAUUGGCUGGACAGAUUGACAUUUAGAGAAAUAGAAAUGAUAAAUGAGAGUGAAAAACGAAGUUCCAAUUUCAUGUACUUGAUGGUUGAGUUUCGAUGUGUCAAGUGUGAUGAUAAGGAAUAUGGUAUUGUUUACUAUGAAAAGGAUGGUGAUGAGUCAUCUCCAAUUUUAACAAGCUUUGAGAUCGUGAAAGUUCCUGACCCUCAGAUGUCUAUGGAGAAUUUAGUUGAGAGCAAACAUCACAAACUUGCCCGGAGUUUAAGAAGUGGACCUUCUGACCACGAUCUCAAACCUAAUGCUGCCACAAGAGAUCAACUAAAUAUUAUUGUGAGUUAUCCACCAACCAAGCAACUUACAUAUGAAGAACAAGAUCUUGUAUGGAAGUUUAGAUACUAUCUUACUAAUCAAGAAAAAGCUUUGACAAAGUUCUUGAAAUGUGUUAAUUGGGAUCUACCUCAGGAGGCCAAACAGGCACUGGAACUUCUGGGGAAAUGGAAGCCGAUGGAUGUGGAGGAUUCCUUGGAGCUGUUAUCCUCUCAUUACACGAAUCCCACAGUGAGGCGGUAUGCUGUUGCCCGGUUACGGCAGGCAGAUGAUGAGGAUUUGUUGAUGUACCUAUUACAGCUGGUCCAAGCUCUCAAAUAUGAAAAUUUUGAUGACAUAAAGAAUGGAUUAGAACCCACCAAGAAGGAUAGUCAGGGUUCAGUGUCAGAGAGUGUGUCGAAUUCUGGAAUAAAUUCUGCAGAAAUAGAUAGCUCCCAAAUUAUAACCAGCCCUCUUCCUCCAGUGUCUUCUCCUCCUCCUGCAUCUAAAACAAAAGAAAGUUCAGAUGGUGAGAAUCUGGAACAAGAUCUGUGUACCUUCUUGAUAUCAAGAGCCUGCAAAAACUCAACACUGGCUAAUUACUUAUACUGGUAUGUGAUAGUGGAAUGUGAAGAUCAAGAUACUCAGCAGAGAGAUCCAAAGACCCAUGAAAUGUACUUGAAUGUAAUGAGACGGUUCAGCCAAGCACUGCUGAAGGGUGAUAAGUCUGUUAGAGUCAUGCGUUCGUUGCUGGCUGCACAACAGACCUUUGUAGAUCGGCUGGUGCACCUAAUGAAGGCAGUGCAGCGUGAAAGUGGAAAUCGUAAGAAAAAGAACGAGAGACUACAGGCCUUGCUUGGAGACAAUGAAAAGAUGAACUUGUCAGAUGUGGAACUUAUCCCAUUGCCUUUAGAACCCCAGGUGAAAAUUAGAGGCAUAAUCCCAGAAACAGCUACACUAUUUAAGAGUGCCCUUAUGCCUGCACAGUUAUUCUUUAAGACAGAAGAUGGAGGCAAAUAUCCAGUUAUAUUUAAGCAUGGGGAUGAUUUACGCCAAGAUCAACUUAUUCUCCAAAUCAUUUCACUCAUGGACAAGCUGCUACGAAAAGAAAAUCUGGAUUUGAAGUUGACGCCCUAUAAAGUAUUAGCCACUAGUACAAAACAUGGCUUCAUGCAGUUUAUCCAGUCAGUUCCUGUUGCUGAAGUUCUUGAUACAGAAGGAAGCAUUCAAAACUUUUUUAGAAAAUAUGCACCAAGUGAGAAUGGGCCAAAUGGGAUCAGUGCUGAAGUUAUGGAUACUUAUGUUAAAAGCUGUGCUGGAUAUUGUGUGAUUACAUAUAUUCUUGGAGUUGGAGACAGGCACCUGGAUAACCUUUUGCUGACAAAAACAGGUGCUGGGGAUACCAAAGUAAACAGAACAGACAGAAAUCCUAGCCCUCACAGAGCUUGUUGACUUCCUAUCAUCAUCCUCUCCCAUUCAAGAUCUAGGUUCCGUGAGAGCAGGGACCUUGUCCAUGCACUUGGCCACCGUGCCUCCAGAGCCUUGAACAGUACCUAGCUACAGUGUUUGAUGAAUCAUUAAAUUAAUGAAUAACGAUUUGUGCUCUUCUGUAUAGCCUUUUCUCCCAUAUGCCAAAUAAUCCAACUUUCUUCAGCCCUUCAUAGAAAGUAGAUUUUAAAGUACCCAUAAAAUAGUCUCUCAGGUAAGGACAUUAUCUGUUUUGUUAGCAUUCCUCCGUAAUACAUCGGAGUUUAACAUAAUACAUUGAGUGUAGCCUAAUUAUUAAUAUAGUGACUGGGUAAAUUCAUGUUGUUUGGAAUUUCAUAUACUCAGUUUUAAGUUAUUAGUGUGAAAAAUUAUCUGGUAAAGUUUGUACCAUGGGAACCAUGUCUAUAUCAAGGCCGGGCAGUCCCUUUAUAAUCAAAGCCUGAAGAAAUGUGAUCAGGUUGCAUUGGAGUUCUUGCCCAAUUUGCUAAUUUAGCAAAGGAUAUUUCUAAAAUGUUAUGCUGUGUUUGGAAAAAAUUUUAAUUUGGAAAAAGUUUUCCUGUGUUGUUUUCUUAGCUCUCUUUUUCAAUUGAAUCUUUUGACCACAAGUAUCAAACUACCAAAAUAAUUCCAUUUGUUUUUAUAUUGUAAUUGUUUUAUAACCAUAGUAGAAUUCUUUAAUGUGUAGAGUAUCAUUAUAUAUAUAUAUAUAUUGUUAUAUUCACAGAUCAUGCUUGUCUCUUCUUUUGGAAAUUGAUAAAUAAUAGACCUUUUUCUUUUGGACUUUGAGAACUGCUCUGUCUUGUGUAUGUUUGUGUUAUUGAUGGGGAUACUUUAAAGAGUAAGACUUGUAAAGAAAGGCCUGUCUAAUAUACUUCUUUGGCCCAGGUCAUAGACAGUUGCUUUAUGGAAACUGUAAAAUUUGAGAAACAGGUUUUAAGCGUCUUUUCACCAGUUUUCCACUAGAGGGUGCUCUAAAUUUUGCUUUUGAAGAACAAAAGCUUACCUUAAAGUGUACUAGUUAAGAGGCACAUUUUCUUUUAAAACAGCAUUUCUUUGAGUUAUUUCUUCUUAACUGCUCUUUAGUUAUUUCAUCCACUUACAUCAUACAACAAACAUUUUAAAUCUUCCUCACUAGGAUAAAUGUUUUAAAUUUUUGGAUUUAGUUUGAAUGAAAUUGGAUCAUAUGAGGAAAGACCGAUUAUGUCAAGACAAAUGGAAGUAUAGUACAUUCGUCAACUUCUAGAAAUUUAUAAUGAUUUUUAAAUGUUUGUGUCUCUACUCAUGUUUUACUAACAGUCCAUAUUUCAAAGCAUUUUUAAGUUAUAUUAAUUACGUGUUAUAAUUAGACUUUGUAUAGUUUAGACAACUAUUAUGUAUUUAAAAUGAAUUUUGAAUGUGUUUCAUUGCAGGAAAUAAAUUUCAAUGCUUGUACUUAAAAAUGCCUUGACUAUCAUGAAGCAUCUUCCAUUGUAUAUUUUGGAUCCAUUGUGCCUUCAACACAGACCAUCACAUAUUAAAAACUUAGAACAUUAGAUUCUCUUAUAUAGCUCUCCAGUCUCUCAGUGUUGAUGGAGCCUUUUUUAAUGAUAAAUAGCAUUUCUCCCAUUCUUCAAAAUAAAAUACCUUUUGUCUUCUAUUCUCAUUUGCCAGCUUGGGCAGCUUUUUUUGUGUGUGUUUGUU